AUGGAGCCGAAUGAUCCUUAUCAUAACAAGUUAAAAGAGUUUGAAAUGGAUGGAGGUUAUGGCGAGGAUGAGUUUGUGUGGGCUGCAGAGCAAACCAGUGGUAGUUAUGCGGAUGAUGAUGACUCGGAUGUGUCCACUGUGGAUGAUGAUGAGCUGAAUUUUGAACCAGAAUGGGAGCUUCCGGUUAAAGGGGAGCCUCCAGUUGAAGAGGAGCCUCCGGUGGAUGAGGACGAGGAUGAGGACAAUCAAUGCAAUAGUACUCACUGCCAGGAUAUUCAAUUACGUGCGCAAGGUCAACGUGGUUGUGUCGUCGUACCCUACCCAGAUCCACAUGCUGGCCAACAAAUAACCAAUCAAGCAGCCAACUGUUAUGCUGCGAAUGUGGAAUAUGGGGCUCAAUUCAAUGCAGAGCAGGAGAAUCUGUAUCAUCCUUUCACUUUGAGGAUGGAUUGGGAAGUUGCAAGAUGGGCCAAACUUUGUGGACUUGGUUUGACAGCAUUGUCAGACUUGCUUGCAAUCGAAGGUGUCUGUGAAUGCUUGUCGCUAUCAGUUGUCGCUGGCAAAGCAUUUGAUGUCUAUUACCAUGACGUGAUUGAAUGUGUCAGGUCACUGUACAGUGAUCCUGACUUCGCCAGAUAUCUGGCUUUUGUCCCCGAGCAGCAUUAUGCCGAUGAGGAUAAGACAGUUUGGCUCUUUCAUGAUAUGCAUACAGGCAAAUGGUGGUGGGAUACACAGCACAGUCUAGGUGGCACCAUCAUUCCUAUCAUUAUCUUGUCCAACAAAACACAAUUAACCUUGUUCUGCAACAAGGCUGCUUAUCCCCCUUCACAUGGUGGUCAUAUCCUUCUGGCAUAUUUGCCAUGCACACAACUUGAACAUAUUACCAACAAAGCUUCGCACCGCCAAACUAUGGCAAACUUAUAUCAUGCUUGCUUGCACCGUGUACUCACUCCACUGAAAUCUGUUAGACUUGAUGGACUUUGUAUGGCUAGCGGGGAUGGCGCUCUCUGCUGUUGCCAUCUAUUCUUUGCUAACUUUGUCGGUGACUACCCAGAGCAGCUCCUUGCUACUGGGAUCAAGUUUGGAGAAUGUCCAAAAUGUGAUGUUGAUGCUGAUGAAACAGGUAGCAACACAGCACCAUUUCAUCUAUGGAAAAUGAGCAAGGUGCUUGAUGCCCUCACUGCUCUUGAUGACGGGAAUCUAUCCUUUGUUCGCGCUUGCUCAGCUGCAGGUAUUAAGCCCAUUGUCCAUCCUUUCUGGGAAGAUCUCUCAUUUACCAAUAUUUUCUGUGCAAUCAUACUGGAUGUGUUGCACCAGCUAUAUCAAGGCCUCGUAAAGCAUCUCUUAGGAUGGUUGUCCGCUGCUUGUGGACCAGCCAAGAUAGAUGCUCAUUGUCAGUGUCUUCCCCCCAACCACCAUAUCUGUCUGUUUAGGAAGGGCAUCACUGGCUUGUUGCGUAUAAGUGGGACCAAACUGCGGGGUCUACUUGAUUUUCUCUAUUUCGCACAAUAUCCAUGUCAUAGCUCAGAGACCUUGCAGCUGCUGGAUGAUGCACUCAAUCUUUUUCACAAUAAUAAGUACACCGAACGACUUCACAUUGACGAUGCAAAGGACACUUACUGUGCAACUAAUCACAAAGAUGAACUUGUCCAGAUGACACACUGGCUCGAACAAAAGGAGAAGAUUCUCCGCUAUGAGAAGUACAUUGACUGGCGACUUGCUGGUGAUGUCGAGUCCGAGCCUUACCAUUUGCGUCCUCCUGACAUGACUUUCCAUUGGCUUCAAAAAAUGACAAAGCACCCUAGUGCAAAGGCUGUCAAUAUUGACAAGCUUGUCAAAGACUAUGGCACUACUUAUUUCUGCGAAGUGCUCGCACACUAUAUCACACAACUCAACCACGCCAAUGCCCAUACUCGAACAUUGGAUGUGCUGGCACGCGAUGUCCAUCUCCCAUUCCGAACUCUUCCUUGGCUCUCAGUAGAUAGUUGUGGUCUUGGUGAUGCAGCAGUCACAUUGGACUCUGUGCAUGCCAGACCACAACGGACCUCCAGUUCUUGUCUGUCUGCUCAUCGUUCGGAUACAGCUCUUGUGCGCCUUGGUCCCAAUACAGAUGCUAGUAUGGGUAUGGAAGGUGUUAUGAGUCAUUUUUCAUUACCAUCAAAAUCACUAUCACUCCUCGUUGCACUAACGGUCCAGAUUCCCAGCCACCUAGCUUAUAUUGAAUGGUUCAUGCCAUUCCGUUCAACUCCUGAUCAAUGCCACAGACUUUACAAGCUCUCACGAUCCUUUCGUGGUGGUGAAGAGUUGACGAGUAUUGUACCAUUGGCAAACAUAGUGCGUAGUGUCCAUCUGAUACCAAAUUUUGGUGCCAUCGUCCCACAGGAAUGGACGAGUGACACAGUUCUAGAUGAUUGUAAUACUUUUUGGUUGAACUCAUAUUUAGAUAGAUACACUUUUUGUAAUCUUUAAAUAGUUCUCGAUAAUUGCACUGUAUUUUAUUGUGUCUUAGUAGGUUUACCUCUAAUACUUGUAACUAG